AUGUCUCUAGAAGAAAUUGUUAAAUCACUUGCAACUAACACGCAGCAAUUUCAACAGGAGACAAGAACAAGAAUGCAAGAAUUGGAGAAUCGAAUGAGUCAACUAGCAUCUUCUAUGAGCAAAUUGGAAUCUCAAGUUACCUUGAGAAACGGGAAGGAGUUGAAGGAACCCAGUAAGGCAGCACGUGGAGAAGAAAUUGAAAAAGAAGUAGUUGCUUUUCAACCUCAAACUGACCAGCCUAGAGGACUCGAUAGUGAACAACCAAAGGCAUUGGUGACAAAUCCUCCCUUUCCAACUAGAUUGACUAAAUCCAAGAAAGAAGAGGAAGAGAAGGAAAUUCUUGAAACUUUUCGCAAGGUUGAGGUAAAAAUUCCCUUACUUGAUGCAAUUAAACAACUGCCUCGAUAUGCUAAAUUUCUCAAGGAGUUGUGCACCAACAAGAGAAAGUUGAAAGGUAAUGAGAAGAUACGUAUGGGGGAAAAUGUUUCAGCCAUCCUCCAGAAAAGAUUACCUCCAAAAUGCAAGGACCUAGGUAUGUUUACUAUCCCUUGCAAACUAGGUGAUAUUAGGAUUGAGAAAGCAAUGCUAGAUCUAGGAGCUUCAAUAAAUAUCAUGCCUCUCUCUAUUUAUUCAUCUUUGAAUAUUGGUCCAUUAAAAGAAACAAGUGUGAUUAUUCAACUUGCUGGCAUAUCUAAUGUAUAUCUUGAAGGAGUCGUGGAGGAUGUGUUAGUACAAGUUAAUGGAUUGGUCUUUCCUACUGAUUUUUAUGUUCUUGACAUGGAAGAAGAUGACUCUUCUAAUUCAACACUAAUGUUAUUAGGAAGGCCAUUUCUAAAAAUAUCUAGGACAAAAAUUGAUGUGCAUGAUGGUACACUCACCAUUGAAUUUGAUGGUGAAAUUAUUAAAUUCAAUAUUUAUGACGCCAUGAGGUACCCUAAUGAUGUGUCUUCUGUUUUUGUUAUGGAUGUUAUUGACCCGUUGGCACAGGAACAAUUACAAAGGAAAUUACAAUUGCAAGCGUUGGAGGAAAUUCGCAAUGAUGCCUAUGAAAGCUCGAGAAUAUACAAAGAAAAGACCAAAGCCUUUCAUGAUGAACUAAUUUCUAGGAAAACAAUUUCUAUUGGUCAGAAAGUUUUACUUUAUCACUCUAGACUGAAGUUAUUUCCUGGUAAAUUGCGUUCUAGAUGGGUAGGUCUUUUUAUUAUUACUAAUGUAUUUCCCUAUGGUGCAGUUGAAAUACAAAGCUCGGAUACAGGUAAAACUUUUAAGGUCAAUGGUCAUCAUUUGAAACCUUUUUAUGAAGGUUUUCAAGUGUAUAAUGUUGAUCAAAUUAUUUUGGAAAGUCCGAAUUAUGGCGAUUAA